AUAUAGACAGUAUAUGUAUUCCAUAUCAAAUAUAAUUUUUUUCAAUGGGGAAAUCAAAAAAAUAUUAUUUUCUUAAUUACGAUUGUUAAUUUAUUCAUCACGUGACCACGCCCUCUCCAAAUUUUUCAAAAGACCACUAAGACCAUGGGCGACUACGGAUACGGCGGUGGCGGUGGAUACCAGCGUGGUGGAGGUGGAGGAGGGUUCAGAGGUCGAGGUGGAUCCCGUGGGGGAGGCAGCCGAGGUGGUGGCGGAUUUGGUGGUGGCGGCAGAGGCAGGGGUCGUGGGGGUGGUGGUGGAUUUGGUGGAGGUGGCCAGGAUGCAGACUACUACCAGAACCCAAAUGCAGAGAACUUCUGCAAGAUCUUCCUGGGCGGUCUGUCAGCUGAAACCACUGAGGACUCUAUCAAAGAACACUUUGGUUCAUAUGGAAACAUCAUUGACUGUGUGGUUAUGCGAGACGCAGAAAAGAAGAGGUCUAGAGGAUUUGGUUUCGUAACAUUUGAUCAGUCAUCUGCUGUGACGGAUGUUCAGGCCAACAGACCACACAAGAUUGAUGGAAAACAAGUUGAAACAAAACGAGCUACACCGAAAUCUCAACAGGCCGAGGGACAGGAUGCAAAGAUCUCAACCAAAAAACUGUUCGUUGGUGGCGUAAAGGAUGACAUGAGCGAAGAUAUGAUCAGGGAGGAGUUCUCCAAAUUUGGAAACGUGCAGAGCAUCAAAGUCAUUCAGGGCAAGGGGUUCGGCUUCAUUGAGUUUGAUGACAAUGAUGCUGUGGAUUGGUGCAAUUUGAUUGGCAGGUUCAAGAUCGCUGACAAAUGGGUGAAUGCCAAGAAGGCACAAGAAAAGAACAAACAAGACAGCAGAGGAGGGUAUGGCCAGCAAGGUGGAUAUGGGUCCCAGGGUGGUUAUGGAGGUGGUGGAUACGGCGGCGGUGGCUAUGGCGAUGGUGGAUACGGGGGUGGAUAUGGAUUCAUUAAUUCUGAAGGUAAAACUUCCUCAGGUAAUGAUGGUUAUGGUGGUGGCUUCGGACAAGAUUAUGGGAACAGCUACGGAGGUGGUCCAAUGAAAUCCUCGAGCUAUGGCCAAGCUAGGCAACAGCCUUAUGGUGGAGGUGAGUCAACUGAUGGUGGCUAUGGUACCCAGGCAUACAGCGGUGGUGGAAGCUACGGAAGCGGUGGUGGUGGCGGCAGCUAUGACAGCUACAGUGGAGGCGGUGGUGGUGGAUAUGGCGGCGGCGGUUAUGGUGGUGGCGGUGGUGGAUAUGGCGGCGGAAGUUACGGUGGUGGUGGUGGACGUCGAUAGACGGAGUAUCUCGCAAGAGUGUUGGGUCCUGGUUUAUAGGUUGUCGAGUACCACUCGCGACUAAACAUCUGUGUGGUGUCUGAGUAACUAUCGAGAUGUGUGUGCAGCUGUCCAGCUCCUAACAGAGCGGGGGGCUAGCAACGCACCAAAGCCGGUUCCACGAUCAGCUGUGGUAUGUGACUGUCAACAUUAGGCGGUCUGACUACCGGUAGCUGGCAGCUGGCAUGGGGACGACCGUCUGGUAUAGAUGGAAGACAGGCUACAAUUUUUGGUAGACAGAAGUUGGUCCUAGCUGUUUGAUGCAACAUAGUUUCCAUAAGACGGCGUCUGCAUUCCAGUCUCGAAGACAAUCAUUUUCUGUACUUGUCAAUAAACUUGUGUUACUUUAAA